GGGAAGUUUAUGAAUAUUCAGAUUGUAAAGGAACAUAUCAGCACACUGUAGGAGUGCAAGAUGGCCGCAUUCCUGACUCGGCUAUGAUAGCGAGCUCUUUCCAGAGCAAAAGACAGCCAAAAGAUGGACGUGUUGGACGAUCUGCAGGUGCAUGGUCCCCAUCAAUUCAGAAUGCUUUCCAGUGGCUCCAGGUAGAUAUAGGCAGUCUGUACGUUGUGACAGCCAUCUAUCUCCAGGGUCGGCAGGGCAGUGAUGAGUAUGUGCGCGAGUUUUUCCUUGAGUACUCGGACGACUCUCAGACAUGGCGUCGCUACACCAACCAGCUGGGAAUACCUGAGAUUUUCGAAGGGAACUAUGAUGACUCUGGCCUUCAGAAAAGAGUUUUGCAAUACCCGAUUGUUGCUCAGUACAUCCGCUUCAACCCUCAACGAUGGAACAUGGUUAUUGCCCUGCGAGUGGAGAUAGAGGGAUGUCCAUUCAAACCAGAAACAGCUUCUUUUGAUGGAGAGAGCUUCAUUGAGUUUGACAUGAGUCGUCAGGCCGUGCAGACAACUGAGGAUCUACUUGAGCUUCGUUUCCGCACUAGCAAACCGGAUGGUGUCAUACUCUAUGCAAGCGGUAACCAAGGCGACCUUUUGAUGCUGGAGAUGCGACGUGGAUACCUGUACUUCAAAAUUGAUUUAGGCUCAACAGUAAAAGUUGGUGGUUUCACGGAGGUGCGGGCGGGUAGUCUGUUGGAUGACAACCAGUGGCACGACGUUAUAAUCACCCGUGACAGGAAGAAGUUGAAGGUGGUUGUUGACCGACUCAUCAACAAGCUAGAGACCAAUGGUCUUUUCUUCCGCCUGGACCUGGAUAAAUUUCUGUUCAUUGGGGGUGUUCCAUACUUCAAUCAAGAUGGAAUAAGUGUCAAGUACAACUUUGAUGGAUGCAUUCAGAACAUAAAUCUGAAUGGCGCCAAGCUGAUUCCUGAUGCCUUGGAAAGAAGAAUUCCCACUGUGUCUAUCAAAAACAAUGUCGGACCGUACUGUGGUGUGGAGGCGAAGAUCCCCAUCACAUUCCCCACCCUGGAGUCUCACCUGUUCAUCACCACAGUGUCUGGUCAGGUCGUCCAUGUGUCUUUGGAGUUUCGAACUCAUGACAAUGAUGGCCUUCUUGUGUACCAUCCUGUCAAAAAUGGAUAUGUUGCUGUUCAAGUUGAUGAGAAUGGAUUCAUUUCCUACACUAUCCAGCAGUCCAAUGGACAAGUCAUUCAGGAUGUCGUGAGAAACACGGACAUGAUGAGCCCUACUUCUACCUUUACUGACGGCUUGUGGCACUCAUUCUACAUGUACGUUGACCGAAACAAGAUCAACUGCACAGUAGACCGCAAUGCGAAGGUGUCGCAGAGGAGUGUGGACUUAUCGCCUGAGACAAACUACUACAUAGGUGGUAAUGUCCUGUACAAUGGAUUCCGGGGCUGUAUCCGCAACCUGCAGGUGGCUCAGAGGGAGGUGGACCUGGAUAACCUGGUGGCUGACAAGGAAGAGCGCAUCAUUGGGGCACAGUUGGGCACGUGUGCCAUCAGAGACAGGUGCACGCCGAACCCGUGUGAGCACGGUGGAGUGUGUGAGCAGUCGUGGAACACGUUUGCCUGUGACUGCACUGACACAGGAUACAAGGGAGAACUCUGCCACACUCCGGAGAACUAUAUCUCGUGCGACAUGUUCAAGCAGUACUCCAAUGAAGAGGGCAAAGAAGAAACUAUGAUUGACAUUGAUGGCUCAGGACCUUUCAAACCAUUCAAAGCAGCUUGUGAAAGAGAUGACAAUGGUGAGAUUAUCACAUACGUAGGCCAUGACAGCAUGGGCUACGUACGUGUGAACGGCUUCCAGCUGCCCGGUUCCUAUGUACGCAAGAUCACGUACUCGGCGGACGAUGUGCUGGUGCUGGAAGAGAUUAUUGACCGCGCAAGAACGUGUCGUCAAAAUGUCGAGUAUCGCUGCAUGAACGCAAAGCUGCUUGCUGAUCCUGGUCUCAACGACAAGAACAUCAAAACAUGGGGCUGGUGGGUUGGCCGUACGUACCAACCUAUGUACUACUGGGGUGGGGCUGCUCCGGGGUCAGGGAAGUGUAAAUGUGGCCUUGAGGAGGAUGGCUGCGGCAGUCAGAGCUCCACCUGUCAUUGCGACAAGACCAUCUCCAACCCGUCCCAGGCAAAGGAAGAGGUGGACCAAGGUUACCUGGUACAUAAGGAGUACCUGCCCGUGCUGGAGCUCCACCUGGGAGACACAGGCACCACAACAACCGACAAUAAGUGGGCGGAACACAAGAUUGGGGAACUUGAGUGCUUUGGUGACAACCUGUUUGACAGCACAGUGACUUUCACCCAGCCUGACGGAGCCCUGGAGUUUGCCACGUUCCAGGCAGAGAAUGCUGGCGACAUCUGGUUCCAGUUCAAGACCACACAGUCGGAUGGGGUCAUGAUCCACUGCACAGGGAGCCAGGUGGCUGAUUUUGUGGAGAUCAGGCUGUUCCAGUCUGACACCAUUCAGUUCCGCUACGACGUAGGAAAUGGUGUGGCUGUCCUGGCGUUCAAGUCUCCAUCUCCACUGAACGACGAUCGGUGGCACACCGUCCACACGGAGAAGAACAGGAAGCAGGCGUGGAUCAAGGUAGAUGAUUACCCGGACAAGUCUCUCAGCGAGGAUGCUGACUUGGUGCGCGAGUUGGAUCUCAGCUCUCCGCUCUAUGUGGGCUCCCUGGUCGACUAUCAAGAUGGCUACGUGGGUUGCAUGCGUGGGUUGCGGGUCAAUGGAGUGCUCAUGGACAUGAGUGCCAAACUGGCAAAUGGAGAAGUGUAUGGCGUGCGGGCUGGAUGUGUGGGCAAAUGUGCCAGCAGUCCGUGCUUUAACCAGGGCACGUGCCGUGAGGGCUAUUCCCACUACACGUGCGACUGCUCCUAUACCCCCUGGCGUGGCUGGAACUGUGGAAGAGAGGUGGGCGUGAAUCUGAAGAACAACUACAUGAUCAGGUACACUUUUGACGAGACUCAGGGUCUGUCUGCGUCCGACUUCCAGUUCGCUAUGAUCGGCUUCUCUACCAAGGUGAAACAGGGCAUCCUUAUGCAGAUGAGGGAUGAGACGAAUUCCGAAUAUAUCACAGUGGAGAUCAACAACAAUGGUGGUGUGAAAGUGGCUAUGGAUAUUGGCUUUGAGCGUGUGGAGGUGAACACCCCGAUGGAGAAGAGCAUUGACUACGCCAAUAGCCAGGUUCAUGUUGUGCGGAUUGAGAGAAAACAUUAUGGGCGCUACAUCAAAGUACAGGUUGAUGACUACCCACCAGGAGAGGAAUGGUUCUCUUCUACCACUAGUGGCUCUGACACCAUCUUGGACGACCCAAAGUACCUGUUCAUUGGAAAUAAUGACACCUCAAAUACUCUGACGGGCUUCGAGGGCUGUAUCUACAGGAUGCAGGUGGAUAACAUUUUCCCGCUGAAAAGGACAUUCCAGGACCCACGGCCAGAUUACAUUUCACUCACGCCUGAAGAGAAGGUGCAAGAAGACAUGUGUGGCUUUGAGGAAGUGACCGUGUCUCCAGAGCCAGUCCGACGCCGGCCAUACAGCGGAGUGCCAUUAAAUGUCACGUACAAACGAGACCCCCAGGCCACUUUGUCGGACGAAGAGAAAGUUUUGGUGGGAGUUGGCUGUGCAAUCAUCGUCAUCCUCAUAGCUUGCGUGGUACUCUUCUGCUGCCGGAAGCGUUUUGAGGGAGCCGAUUACGAGACGGAGGAAGCAGUUGGAGCAGAGUACGCAGAUAAUCCCGAUAGUGCUGUUGUCUAUAACCAGACGGGUCUGCCCAACAUGGCCAAGAGUUAUGAGUACUUUAUGUAGUGAGGACGAAGCCUUGGUAGUUUGUUUGUUAAAGAUGGUUUGUGUGUGUAUGAGUUUUGAGUGUGUGUGUGUGUUUCUGAAUGUUGAUAGAGCCUGCUGUUUGAUUAUUGCAGAAUGUGCAGUGUUGAUGUGUGUGUGUAGUGGACAGGCAUGGGUAUGUAUGUGUGUGUGUGAGUGUAACAGUGUGGCCGGGGUGCUUGUUAGCGUACGUUAGAAGGAAGGAAAUGACUUCUGAGAUCCAUGGCAAAAGAGAUUGCCAGUACUUACCCCUCUACUGCCUACAUCAAGAAAUUUCUACUUUCAGGAAAAUAUGAUACUUUACGCUCUUGUUAUAAAAGCAAUGUAAAUAAAGUAUUUUAAGCUAGUUUAUUGAUUUAUUAAACCCCCCCCCCCCCCCCCCCCCC